GGAGGACUACACUAACAUUGUGGUUUGUGUCCGGAGAGGAGAGCCGAGCAUCCACUUCGGUAGCCUUAAUCACGUGACCACCUUGUCUGCUGCUGGCUGAGUGAAGCGUGUUAGCAGAUUUUUUUUAUUUUGUACAUACAGAGUUUUGUAUAUACUGUAUAAGAUGAGCUCGCUGGGCAGUGAAAAGGCCCGGGGCCCCCGUGAAAAAGCCCCACCUGCUGCCACUCACACAUCCCAACCACAAAAACAGAUACAGGCGACUGCUGAGCAAAUCCGGCUUGCCCAGAUGAUCUAUGACAAGAAUGAUGCUGACUUUGAAGACAAAGUUAAUCAGCUGAUGGAGGUGACUGGCAGGAACCAGGAUGAAUGUAUGGUUGCACUUCAUGACUGCAACGAGGAUGUGAGCAGAGCCAUCAACUUCCUUCUGGAGAGCACCUCGGACAUGACGUCAUGGGAAACUGUAGGGAAGAAGAAGCCGCUGACGAAGGACGGCGCUUCAGAAAGCAAGGAGAACAAGGAAAACCGGGAGAAGAAAAGCGAGAGGGAGGCCAGCAAAGGUCGUGCGGCUCCCAACCGCAAGGGCAAAGGGGCCAAUCGAAGCCGACAGGGCGCAGUUCGUCCAGAGGAAAACGGCAUAGAGGUGACACCAAUGGACCGAAAUUCCGAUCGAGGGCGCAGGGCGAAAGGUGGCCGUGGAUCGGGAGGUCGAGGCAGAGGCAGAGCAUCAACAGCAAGCAGGUUCUCAGCCCAGGGAAUGGGAACCUUCAAUCCUGCAGACUAUACCUCAGAGGGUGGGACCGGGACCACACAGAGUGAGGCUUGGGACACAACGGCUAACAACAAUACAGAUGAAAUGGCUAACUGGAGAAACCCCAUGGAAGACUAUGGAUCUGAGGACUGGAGUGAGGAUGUUAGUCUCUCUGAGACCAAAGUGUUCACGUCGUCAUGUGCACCUCCUGCUGAGAACCACAUCACUCCUGGGCAAAGUCUGGACCUGGCCUCCCUGCUGCAGAAGCCUGUGGUUGGAGGGAGAGAAGCACCUGCCUCCUCUUCCUCACAGAGUCUGGUCUUCACUAACUCUCACCACCACCAGCCGCUACAGCAGCAACAACAUCAGCCGCCUCCUCCCAGCCGCAACACUACUAGCGGCACCAGCUAUGCUCACGCUGCUUUGUCAUCAGUUCUGGGAGCAGGUUUUGGAGAUCUGGGCCAAGCCAAGCGGUCUCAGCCAAGUGCUGGAGCUCAGAUACUGGAACAGCUGAAGGGUCCUGGCUUGGGUCCUCUGCCAUCAUCCCAAGUGGCGCCUCUUGCCAGCACCCAAGGAGGAAACCCUUCAAUUGGUCGUCUGCCAGCCCUGGGAGCACCUAUACCUCCGCCCUCCUCCUCCAGCUGGGACAUGAAAGUGCCAGAAUCGAACACCACCUCGCUGUCCUCACAGUUCAGCCGUGAGUUUGGUCUGCAGCCAGAGCCUUCGCUUGUGCUGAGCCAGCUCAUUCAGAGGCACCCGGGCCCCUCAUUGCCUCUGGCACGUCAGCCCAGCCCCCCAUCGCAACAACAGGCCCCCCCUGCAUCCGUCUCGUCUGCUUCUCAGCACAGCGGCUCAUCGACAGCGGCUGUCGGUGCCAAACACCCGGCCCCCGGUGCAGGGCUGGAUGCUCAGGGCUGCGGGACACCACAGCAGCAGCGGGUACAACUAAAAGGCCAGAAACGAAGGAUACCUCCGACUUCAAAGAUCCCCUCCAUAGCAGUAGAGAUGCCCGGCUCCACUGAUGUCCCCGGUCUAAACCUUCAGUUUGGAGCUCUAGACUUUGGCUCUGAGUCUGCUCUGCCAGAGUUUGGAGUUGUAGACGGCUCUGUCAACGCAACAUCCAGGGAUUCCUCUUCGGCUCCUGGCCCCGUGCCACCUACAUCAGGACCAGGGACACAGAGCCAGACGAGCAUGUACUCCAAACCGCUCAGUGAGUCGCUGGGGAACCCUCUCUCUGUCGACCUUCCUCUCCCUCUUUCAUCAUCUGAGCCAGUGUAUCAGUCUUCCUCAGCGACGCUCCCCAGUCUCACGCCCUCUUCAUUAGGAACGGCCAGCUCCGCCAAUGCUCCCUCUUUGUCACUUACCACAUCCACCACCUCCUCAUGCUCCGUACCCUCGGCCUCCCCCUUCUCUGCGGUGGGAGGAGGUUUUGAUGGGCCCAUGCCUCCUCACACUAGACUGUCUUUCUCCCAGAGCAAAGAAGCCCCUGGGCCAGUUAUGAAUGGUCUGAACGGAGUUAGGACCUCUGCAGCUUUAGACAUUUCCUCAGCAUCCUCCACACCAAAGCCUGAAUCUCCGUCUCUUAAUGUCAACCCCAACGGCGCUCCGCCCCCCUCCUCCCACUUAGCCCCUCCAUCCUUGCCUGCACAGAGCUCUACCACGCUUUCCAGCCUGGCACCGGACCUUCCUUCUGCCAGCCAACUCAACUCACUCAACAGCCAUGGCAGCAGCCACUCCUCAGCCCUUGGCUCCAGUGCCCUCACUUACAGCGGCGUUGACAGCAACAGUGUGAGCUCUCUCACUCCCUCCUCUGGCUCCUACAACACGUCAUCGCAGCAGACACCCUCAGCCCUCCACUCGGCCCACAACAGCAGCAGCAACAGUAGCAGCAACAGCAUCAGCCAUCUGGCUAGCAUGUCCAACAUGGGCAACAACAUGAGCAGCAAUGUCGGAGGUCUCGCCGGCACCAGCGGACUUCACUCCGCUGCCACCAGCUCAGCGCUGGGACUUGGCUCCAAUGGAGCUACUGGCAUAUCCAACCUUUCCGCACCAAGAGCCGCACCCUUGCUCUCGUCCUCUACUGGUAAAGCCCCUCCUAACCUGUCCCAAGGAGUUCCUCCUCUGCUGCCCAACCAGUAUAUCAUGGGUCCAGGGGGACUACUGCCAGCAUACCCACAGAUCUACGGCUAUGAGGACCUCCAUAUGCUCCAGUCCAGACUGCCCAUGCCAUCUCUCCAGGAUUACUACGGAAUCACAUUCCCUGGCCCCACUGCCACUCUGUCUAGCAGAGAUGGGAACCUCGCCAACAACCCCUACUCAGGUGAAGUCACAAAGUUUGGAAGGAAUGACUCCACCUCUCCAGCACCACCCACUAGCCUGGCAGCUCAACAGCAACCCCCGCAGGGCCAAAGCCAGGGCCAGAGCCAGGGCCAGCCUCAACCUCCUCAGGCCCAGCCUCAACCGCAGGGCCAGCCUCAGCACCACAGCAGUCAGCAGGCCUUCCUGCCUCCCGGCUACAGCUACACGGGACUGCCUUACUACGCCGGGGUUCCCGGCGCCGUGCCGAGCGCUGCUGCAUUCCAGUAUGGCCCCACCAUGUUUGUUCCUCCGGGGGGGCCGGGACCAACCUCAGCCAAGCAGCACAGCAUGGGACUCGGUCUGGGUAACCCGUCGGCGAGCCCCUUCCAGCAGCAGACACAACAGCAGCCCAGCGGUUAUGGCCAGCACACCUUCAGCUCAGGGUACGAGGAGCUGACAGCAGGACCGGCUGGAGUGGACUACAGUAAAGGCUACAAUUCCUCCUCUCAGGCACAAGCCAAAACUGCUGCUAGCGGGCCUGGCAAAGGCGUUUCAGUGACAUCAAGUAACUCUGGUGUGCCAGACAUCAGCGGAAGUGUUUACAAUAAGACCCAGUCUUUUGAUAAGCAGGGUUUCCAUGCAGCGACCCCCCCUCCCUUCAGCCUGCCAUCUGCACUGGGGGGUCCGGGGCCCCUGAAUCCCGGAGCAGCCCCUGGAGGUUAUGCACCGGCCCCGUUCCUUCACAUCCUGCCUCACCAGCAACCACAUUCUCAGCUGCUGCACCACCAUCUGGCUCAGGAUGGACAGGGUCCAAGUCAGCGUGGGCAGUCCAGCAGCCUGCAGCAGAAGAGCCAAGUCAAUAAGUCCAGCUACGGCACCUCUCCUUACUGGGCCAACUGAGCUUGCUACUCUGUGUAUGUGUGCGCAUGUGAAUGUGUGACAGGAUGUUUGUUUAUUUGUUUGUUUGUUUGUUUGUGUGUGUGGCCAUGCACCACACUAAAACGUCUGACUGACAAAAUAAUGGAGGGACAAACCAUUUUACAACACAAACUAAAAAACACACACACACACACUACCACCGCCUCCCCCUUUGCUCUGUAUAUCCCCCUUUUCAAAUUUAUGGCUGUUGUAUGUAAAAUAUAUUUAUGUAUGUAUUUAUACAGUAUAUAUGUAUUGGUAGAACAUGAAAUGUGGUUUUCUGCAUUUUAGUUUUUAUUUUGAAGGGCAUUUUAUUUUGAAAACAAAUGUGGAAAGAUGAGAAUGCUAAAUCAUGGAGAUGAAGUUGUUGAAUAUACUUGAACACAAGCAUCAUGUGAUGUGGAUUCAUUUUUGUAUGCAUACAUGAACUGAGAACGAUGUACAUAGAUUCCAUGCAUCAUUUUCAUGGCUCAGGCCCGUUUUUUUUUUUUAUUUUUUUUUAUUU